UCUUCUUGGCUAAUUCUCUAUUUUCGGGUUGGUUCGAGCUAUUCGAUUUUGAUUCGAGCCCCUGAAACCUGACCAGAAAAUAAAUAACUCAAACCAAUAACAGAAAAGAAGAUAGUUUGUGGAGUGUCCAUGUGGAUGAGCUUUUGUUAGGCUCAUCUCUUUGCUCUUCAAUUUAUCAGAAUUUCAACACUCUUGCACACUACCUGUUUGAUGUUUUGCCGAGCCCAAUAAUUGACGAAAAAUGGCUUCCACAUUGUUUAGAAACAUUCAAACCCACCCUUUAUUGCUGUCUCCCACUUCAUUUUUUAGAAUGAGGAGCAGUGUUUUUAUCUGCAACAUGAAUACCGCCAGUCAUACAGCCACUCAGCAGAGUUCUCAAAUCAAAGUUUCGCCGCAAAAUAGGUCGAAAUCACUUGAUAAACUCGCGAAAGACUACGAGGCGGUCAUUGGUAUAGAAACUCAUGUUCAGCUUUCUACUCUGACCAAGGCAUUCUGUGGUUGCCCCUACAGCUAUGGGGCGCAACCGAAUUCCACUAUCUGUCCUGUUUGUAUGGGUUUGCCUGGUGCUUUGCCUGUUUUGAACUCGAAAGUUAUUGAAUUCGCGGUGAAAUUAGGCCUUGCGCUUAAUUGUAAGUUGUCUUUGAGCUCGAAGUUUGAUAGAAAACAGUAUUUUUACCCUGACCUUCCUAAGGGAUACCAGAUAUCCCAGUUUGAUAUACCGAUUGCGAGUGAUGGUUUUGUUGAUUUGGAUCUUCCUGUGGAGUUUGGUGGUGGGCAUAAGAGGUUUGGUGUUACCAGGGUUCAUAUGGAGGAGGAUGCGGGGAAGCUGCUUCAUUCAGGAAAUGGAAGUUCAUCACAGGUUGAUCUAAAUAGAGCUGGGGUUCCUUUGCUUGAGAUUGUUUCUGAGCCGGAUAUGAGAAAUGGUAUUGAAGCAGCAGAAUAUGCAGCCGAGAUACAGAGGGUGGUUAGGUAUUUAGGGGUGAGCAAUGGCAAUAUGCAAGAAGGUUCUCUCCGCUGUGAUGUGAACGUUUCAAUUCGACCUAUUGGACAGUCAGAAUUCGGGACAAAGGUUGAGGUUAAAAAUUUGAAUUCAUUUUCAUCGAUGAAUAGGGCCAUUGAUUUUGAGAUAUCAAGACAAGUUCAUCUCCAUAGUCAAGGCCAAAGUGAUUCAAUUGUACAAGAAACUCGUCUUUGGGAAGAAGGCGCUCAGAAAACAGUGACGAUGAGGAAAAAAGAAGGGCUUUCCGAUUAUCGAUAUUUCCCCGAACCAGACCUUCCAGAAGUUGUUCUUACUAGAGAAUAUGUCGACAGCAUCCAAAAUUCUUUGCCGGAACUUCCAGAAACAAAGAGAAGGAGGUACGAGAGUAUGGGGCUAAGCAUGCAGGAUGUUCUUUUCCUUGCAAAUGACAUGAGUGUUGCAGAAUUUUUUGAUGCAACCAUUGCAAAAGGUGCUGAAGUGAAGCUGGUUGCCAACUGGAUAAUGGGUGAUAUUGCCGCCUAUAUGAAAAACGAAAAGGUGUCAAUAAAUGAAAUCAAACUUACCCCUCAAGAGCUUGCUGAGCUGAUCGCUUCAAUCAAAGAUGGAACGAUUAGCGGAAAAAUGGGGAAAGAGAUAUUGUUUGAGCUUAUUGCCAAAGGCGGAACAGUUAAAGGAAUGAUAAAAGAAAAGGAUCUUGUUCAGAUUGUAGAUCCUGCUGAGAUUGAGAAAAUGGUGGAUAAAAUACUAUCCGAUAAUCCAAAGCAGUUGGAACAGUAUCGCGGAGGCAAAACCAAGCUUCAAGGUUUUUUCGCAGGCCAGGUGAUGAAAGCAUCUAAAGGUAAAGCAAAUCCAGGGCUUCUGAACAAAAUUCUCCUGGAAAAAUUAAACGCGAAAAGCUGAAAAAUUUGUCGUUGGAGAUGCACUAAUCUUGACCUGCUUGGAAGCUGUUGCUAAUUUGCGGAACGGUUUUACCUUUAUUGCAAGAAACUUAUCGAGUCCUACAUUCGACGACAUAGGCUAUGAAAUUUAUGGUCUACCAUCCCUUUUUUUUUUCUUUCAGAAGUCUAUAAUAAAAUUUAUGUACAGUCAUUAUUACUGAUAAUAAUUUAGGCUUUGAUCUUCUAGAAAAGAUGAAUGAGUUAUGUAUAGAAAAAAUAUUCUUUAGAGGGCUCAUUAUUCUAAAAGAUAAAUAGAAUUAAUCUGCAAUAUUUUAAAAAAGGUGAAA